UCCAACGCGCACUCCUCUCACGUAUGCCUCUUCUCCGCGCCGUGAGUCCAUGACCUCCGCCGCCGCCGCCGCCUCUUCGUCUACGCCCCGCCGCUCCGGCCUCGCAUUCUCCGAUGUUCCUCCUCCACAGCACCUUCCUGCUCGUCCGCAUCCGCCUCCCUCCUCACCACCCCCUCCGCCUCCUCCACUACUUCAGCCCCAACAGCCACCCGCCGCCGCAUCAUCCGUCCACGGCCCCGGCUCCGGCCCCGGCCCCGCCGCACGCCGCCGAGCUUUGGAUCGCCAAAGCGCUCGCAUCAGCGUCCCUCCUCCGGCCGCACCGCAUCCCUGCCUUCGUCGGCCUCGCUCCCUCCCCGCUCGCCGCCGCGGUCGCGGUCCGCCUCGCGCCGUGCGCCGCCGCCGCGCUGUGCAUCUUCUCCUGUCUGCACUCUCCGCCGCUCUCCCUAUCCCCUUCUGAGAACUCCUACCGCCACGUCAUCUCGUUGCUGUGCCGGUCCGGCCGCCACAGCAACGCCCUUAAGCUGUUCGACCAAAUGAUGGGCCAGUCGGGGUACUUUCCCGAUGCGGGAUUCUUCUCGUUCGUGGCAGGAUCCUGCACCAAUGCGGGUCUUCUUGAUGCCGCGGCAACUUUGCUCGCUAAAGGCUCCCAGUUUGGUUGCCACAUUGAGCCGUAUGCGUGUAACAAGCUCGUGAACUCGUUUAUUGCACACGGCCGCACACAGGAUGCUGUUGCUUUGUUUGAGAAUUGGAUUCAAGAGGGGCUGUAUUCUCCAGAUGUCUGGAGUUUUAAUGUCGUCAUUAAGUGGUUGUGUCGGGUAGGGAAUGUCCAAAAGGCACUUCAGUUGGUUGAAAGGAUGGAUGAGUUUGGGUGUUCACCGGAUACUGUCACACACAAUAUUCUUGUUGAUGGGCUAUGCAGGGUUAAGGAGGUGAACAAGGGCCAUGAGAUAUUAAGGAGGCUCCAAAGGGAUGGUUUUUGCAUGGCCAAUGUAGUGACAUACACCUCAGUGAUCUCAGGUUAUUGUAAGGUUGGCAGGAUGGAGGAUGCUAUGGCAGUAUACAAUGACAUGCUUGAAUCUGGAACAAAACCCAACACGGUCACAUACAAUGUACUUAUUAAUGGAUAUGGAAAGGCUGGAGAUAUUGAAUCUGCAUUGGGAAUGUAUCAACAGCUUAUGCUCCGUCGCUGCCCCCCUGAUGUUGUGACAUUUAGUUCGUUGAUUGAUGGGUAUUGUCGAUGUGGACAGCUUGAUGGUGCAAUGAGGAUUUGGAAGGAUAUGGUUCAGUACCAUAUUCAACCGAAUGUGUACACUUUCUCUAUCAUGAUACACUCACUUUGUAAGCAUAAUAGAUCAGAGGAAGCUCUUGGUCUUCUGAGGGAAUUGAACAUGCGGCAAGACAUUGCUCCACGAACGUUCAUAUAUAACCCUGUGAUUGAUAUACUGUGCAAGGGUGGAAAGGUGGAUGAAGCAAACUUGAUCCUAUUGGAUAUGGAAGAUAAAGGGUGUCAUCCUGACAAGUAUACAUAUACUAUUCUAAUAAUUGGGCACUGUAUGAAAGGUAGGAUACCAGAAGCAAUCACCCUUUUCCACAAAAUGGUGGAGACUGGGUGUUACCCUGACGAUAUUACGGUUAAAUCUUUUACUAGUUGUGUUUUGAAGGCUGGGAUGCCUAAUGAGGUGGAUCGCAUAAUGCUUAUUGCUUCAGGACAUGCUUCAUCUAGUCAGAAAGUUUGUUCUCUCCAGAGUCAAAGACUAGAUGUUUCAAUUGCUGUAUAGUUGAAUCAUACUAAAAUAGAGAAUGCAGGGAAGAGCACCUUAACUCUAUCUGGUGCUUAUUGCAUCGUAGAACUGGGACAUAUCUUGAUGAGAGCAACAGGCCCCGGACAUUCAUCUGAAGAAACUCAAGUGUAAAUAUUGAGAUGUUGGUUGCACCAAGGCUACCUAAUUGUCGAGAAAGUAAUCAAACCAAGUUCAUUCUGAAUUAGAAUGGAAAGGUUAAGCUAUUUGGUGCACUGUGCAUUCAGUGAAAUGAUUUGGUGAGUCUCAUGAAGAGGAGUCAAAUGAGCGUCCAUUGCAGUGAUGCUACAAAACUUGCACAGAUGAUGCUUGACAUGCUCCUGUAAACAUUAUAUCUGAGCAUAAUUUCUGCGGUGAAUGGACACUUACUAUAGGAAAUCAAAGAGUUGGAGUUGGGAAUUUGAUCUAUUAAAAAGGCCUGUACCUUCUACUCUGGACGGGACUGCCAAUCAAGCGAGCCACCAGGUUUGAGAAUAAGUUGUUGGUAGUCUCUGACUCCCUCAUUAUUACGCCAGCUGGAGAAAAGGGAGAAACUGAUGGUAGAGACAUGACUGGAACCCGGGAGACUGACGAGAUUGAGCCCCCACCUCAAGUUCAUAUGCUCUGGUGGGAUGAUUUCAAUGAUCAAUUCAACAGUCACUUUGGGCAUUUUGCCAGGAUUCAAGAGCAGCUAUGUUCAGGAGAUUUUUAACCGAAUAAAAUUGAACUAGCAGUUGAAGACUCAAUGUUGGAAAGAAUGUAUGGAAGUAAAGUUACUCUCUAGCAGAGCUACUUCAAUUAUAUGACUUAUAUCCCUUCUUCAGUUGAAGAUUAUGCUUGAAGAAUUGGAUGGAAGUGAUUUACACUCAAGCAGAGCAGGCGGGUAACAUUGGAAUAGGGAUGCUCUAUGCUUCUGCGCGCGCACUCAGUCGAUUAGGCCUCUUGCUUCUUAUAUGUCUCCAUUUUUAUCAAAGAAGCAAAUGAGUCGCAGCGAAAGGAUCAUAUCAGCUGGCCUCAAAAUGAUAUUCAGUGCGGCAUAUAAUCAUAUGAUGGUGCCAGCAUGCAUUGGUUUCUAACUUGAAGAUGAAAGUAGGUUGCAAGAUCAGUGCUAUUGAACAUGAGUCUACUCUAUUCUCUCAUCCAUGCUAUCAGCAUCUGGUUGAUUCUCCAUGAAUGUUGUCAAGAAUUGCCAUCACCCCAAUGAUGAAAGCUUGGUCAUAUCCUGACUGCACUUCCACAUGAGCUAGUCCCCUAUUGUAAAUGGGACUAUGGGAGCUGGAACAAAAAGCUGUUGCCGCAUCUCUACAAAAUUUAAGAGCUAGCCAGUGCAAGCGAAGUAUGAAUUGAUGCAAGUAUGCUCAUAGAAUUGGAUCAACAUAAUAUUGGUUCUUCUUCACCAUCUUAGCUCAAGUGAAGCACUGAAGAUCAAGAAAGCAUGCAUUGAUAUUUUGCAGUUAUGAUCCGUUACCUUUUUAGAGAUGAAUAGUAUUGGUUCUCCUUCGCCAUCUUUGACCAUAAUCUCUCCCUUGGAUCCAAGUAUUCCACAACCAUCUACGGUGAAGACAACAUUAUGACUGAGGAAUGCUGUUGUCCAUUUUGCUUAAUGCUGCUCACAAAGUGGAGGGAGAGAAUCUCUUGCUUGGAUCUGAACCCCCGUUUCUGUUUGCCCGCCUUGCCUUUAGCAAGUUCUGUGGCCAGCAGGCGAGUACUUAUAUUGGAGCAAAAGGCGAUCGUUUCAAACAAGACAGUCUCCCAAGCUGAGAAGCAAUGAGGAAAAUCCAGUAGGUUGGUGUGGUUCAGUCUCUCUACAAUGGAAAGUCACUGCAAGAACUUCUCUUGCAAGUUGGACAAAAGCCCUGCAUAAAGCAAUCCUGAAAAAAGAAAAACUGCUCUGGUUGAAUAUAGUUUGUCCAACUUUCAUAAAGCAGCAUCUUUCUGGCGGUGUCGCCCAGAAGUUUCUCCUUGGCAAUUGUAUGUAUCUCUUCUGUGAGUGCUUCUUAUGUGCAUUUUAAUCAUUUCAUUUGAGGUUGCAAACUGUCUUUUGAUUUUUUUUUCAUCUCAAACUUCUAACAUCUCAAAUGUGCGCAUGGCACUAUUAGAUGAUAAUAAUUUUACCAGAAGGCAGGAAUAUUUGUAACCGGUGCAUUUCUUAUUACGCGUACUUUAAUCUGAAUGAAGUUAGCCUUGUGGGAUCCAUGUCCAUGCAAUAGUAUUUCUGGUUUCUGGGCUAUUGGCACAUGCUCUCUGCAUGCUACUAUUGUUUGUAAUCCCAGAACGUGUGGAUUAGCAUGGGAGCAGAUAUGUUUUGGGAGGUCAGCAGAAAGAAAAGAAGACUUUGGAGGAAAGGAAAUGAAAACAGGCAACCUGAUUUUGCUAGCCAAUCCAAUUUGGCAAAAGCUUGGCUGAGCACGCUAUUAACCUAUUCAAGGAAAAUGCCAAAGCUUUACCAAUAAUGAAAUGGGCCUUGCAUCUUGUUAGCGUGUCGUUGAUUGGCGCCUAUAAUCCUGUAUUUUUGUGUGUUUUCAAGAGAAUCUCUUUUUAGCCUGUCUUGAGUGCAACUAUUAGAAUUUAAAUGUCCAAGCAAUUGCAUAUGAAUUGAAGUCCUUUUUAUGUGUUCUUCGUUCAAAAAAAGUGCAAGCGAUUGAAUUCUGAAAUUUUUCUUAAUUUAGAUUUUUUUUUGUUAUUGCCAUUCCGCAGGUUGACUUUGGUAUCUUUACUGCAAAAAAAAAAAUUUUCACUACUGUUUGCAUCAUGUCCUUUUGUUGUCGCUGACAACUUUUCCUUUUCUUUGUCUGGAGGACGAUAUCUCUUGAGUGUCCCUUUCAUGCAAUCAAUUAUCAAUCAUGCUGGCCGGAGCUGUUGAAUCUUAGGAUCCUUGAUUUCUGAGGCACUUUGCAAGAAAAAGCGCACUGCAUUUCUACUGUUGAUGUGAAUAUCACUUGGGCUGAAAAGGAUUUGACUAUAUUCCAUCGCUGGUGCUUUCUGGAGCACUCUAAAUGUUCAUGCCUUUCUUUUUUGGGCUAAAAGAAUGCUUGAUUCUCCUAUAUUUCUGACCUUCGCUGGUGAUUGGUGAACUAUUCGAGAUUUGGGGAAAGAAUACAUUUGUAAUUCUUCAUAGUAUUUUGUAAAGCCAACCACUAACUCUGUGGCUUGUGUUUUUA